AAGCAGCCAGGCUGAGCUGGGCAGGACACUGACAGGUUUCUUUCACUGCAACUUUCAGCGCUGUUGCAGCGUGUGCUCCUACCUACGUAGAACUUGGAUUCCAGGUAGGACUAGGAGGUACCUAAGAAAUAUGAAGGAGCAGUUGGGCAAUAUCUGAGGGCUCAUUUUUGAGGCGGUGACAUGAUGACGGAGGAGGUGACAGAAGGUGGCGGGAACUGCUUGUGCACUACAUUUUGAGGGACAAAAUGCAGUGCAUUGAUUUGAAGUUGCGGUGUGGCUAAGGUCAGAGGUGUGCAAGGCCAUGUCCAACUUUUUGUCUCUGAUCAAGUCCCGUUUGGAGAGUGGGACGCAGAUCGAACCUUUGGGUGAGCCAGGAUGGGUGAGAGCAGCGUUGGCUCAAGCUUCUCAGCCGGAUGUCGCCCUUGGUGGUCCCACACGUUCCGGAGCUGUGCAGGUGUCAUCCUCUGGUCGCACUGGGGAGGAGUUGUCGAGGACGUUCUGGGAAGCUGGGAUGUUGGAUAGCCCCAUACCAGAUGGUUUUUACUCAAUCACCCCGAAUGAGGACAUGCGCUCCCGCUUUGCUGCGUUCCCGUCUCUGGCUAGCCUGGAGGCCACCCCGCGGGGCCUGAGUGGCGAUGUGCUGCUGGUGGACCGCCAGCAGGACCUGCAGCUGGGCCGGCUGGCGCACCUGGCGCACACCGUGCUCCAGGCCACCAAGACGCGUGCCGCCCAGGAAGCGCAGCUGCAAAGGCUGGCAGAAAUCGUGGCCGACUUCUAUGGGGGUGCUAUGUCUGAGGCAAUAAGCCAACGCAGCAGUACCACCUCCACUGCACUUGAUGUAAACAUUUGGCGUCCAAGGAGUGACUCAGUACCAGCGGUGGUGCUUCUAACGGAGCUUGAACGCGGGGCAUGCCGUCCUCGAGCAUUGCUCUUCAAGCACCUAUGUGAUGAGCUGGGUUUCCACAGUAGACUCAUAAUGGGAUUCCAGAUGGAGGCCGUCCCGCUGAGCCCGCUGGCGGGGGUGCGCCCCAACGAGCACCUGUCGGUGGUGGUGCUGCUGGAGCGCGGGGGGGAGGUCCUGGUGGACCUACUCAAGAAGCCCGGCCUCCUCCGCCCCGUUUCCCCGCGCUCCCUGCUAACCUAUCAUGUGGGGCAUGCCGGCGACACUGAAGCCAUGGAGUACGAGUCAGGCGACUCGGGGCCCAACAGCCCGCUGUAUGGCAUGGCGCUGGCCACAGACAGCCCCGAGCACGAGGUUCUGGACAGCCCUCGCCUGCGCUUGCAUCGUCAACGCAUGGCCGCGCAGCAGGCGCAGGCAGCCGCAGCGUAUGGGCUUACCCUAUCCCCCGAUGCGAAACUGACAGCAGGAGAAGUGCCACCCGCGCGUAGCAACCCUAACGGCCUGGAGGAUGCUGAGGCUCCUCGUGCACCUUGGCGCUUCCAAGGCAGCCCAUCCCCUAGCGAGCCAGGGCCUCGAGGGCGAGGGCAGGACAUGGAGAGGCAUGUCUUGUCAAGCCCCGAGCAGCGGUCGCAGCCCCACCGCCGCAUGCGCACCUCAGCGCUCGAAGCCAGCAGCCUUCCCACCAGUCCGGAGGUCUCCCGAGACCUGCGGCGAAGAGUGCACUCCGAGGAGGGCAGCCUGCCGUCCAGCCCAGAAUUGUCACAGAGGAUCCACCCGGCAUCAAUGCUAGGCAGUGCUCGCCGCUUCCUGCUGGACGAGGGAGACAACUGCACACUCAGCCCGGAGGCUGUCUAUGGCCAUCCGCCCCCUUUUGCCAGGCGGCGCUCUCGGAAGAAGAGUGUGGACAUCGAUGACAGCGCGUCUCAUUGCUCUGUCACGAGCCCCGACCGGCCGCCUCGGGUGCUCACCCGUGUGGCCACCCACGCUGGGCCGUGGGAGCUGCCUGCUGCCAGCGCCAAGUGGCAGGGAGGGAGCCCCGCGCAUGCCAAGGGCGACGACCGGCGGCCCAGCAGCGGAGGCUCGCCUGCGCAGAGCAGCGCAAGCGAGCUGGCCCGCCACCUGGUGCGGCAGCGCUCCAGCGAGUCAAUGGUGCCCCCCCGCCCGCAGCGCACUCCCUCACCCAGCUCCGCCGAUCGCCGUGCCACCCGCAGGAGUGUGCCCCAGGUUACCGACGAUGUUGUCAGGGCUGUGCGCGCCAUGAACGAGAGCCUGCGCGCCGGCCGCCGACGGUCCGACAGCGUGGUCAAGGAGCCCCCAAGCGCCACGGGGACGGCCAGCAGCACCAGCGGCGCCACGCCCACUGCCAACGCCGCACGCACAGGGGGCCGGCCGCCAAUGGAGCGUCAGGCACACGGGGGCGGGCUGCAACGAUUCGGCAGCGCCCACAUAGGAGAGAUGCCAGAGACAGAGCGCUGUCCCUGGUGUCGCCGCGCGUGCGUGCCAGGCAGUCCUCCGCCCAUUGCGGAGGAGACCUUCCUGCACCGCCUCGACCGCCUUGGCAUCGACUAUCGCCCCGCCUCCGCCCUCUGCCAGGGUGUCGACUGCCAGCCCCGGCCGUCCUCUGCCCGCGCUUUCCUCCGGGGGGCAUCCGCGGAGCAGAUUGUUCCGGACUUCUCGGGCCGCCAUGCCCCGUCAUCCCACCCCAGCUCACAGCUGCUGCCCGCGCCGCUGAGCCCACAAGGCCCCCCCGCCCCGGGCCAGGCGGAUGGGGGCGUGCUGGCAGGGUCGCAGGCGGGAAAGGAGGAGCGGCGAGCACUGCAAAGUGCGUUGGAGCUGGCGAGCAUGCUGGAGCAGAGGCAGCUGCUGCCCUUUCCGGAGUGGCACAUCGACUUUGCCGAAAUCAAGCUGGGCAUUCGGGUGGGAGUUGGCUCGUUCGGCGAGGUGUUCCGCGGCAUCUGGCGCGGCACGGAGGUGGCGGUGAAGCUGCUGCUGGAGCAGGACCUGAGCCCCGACAACAUGGACGACUUCUGCAACGAGAUCAGCCUGCUCAGCCGCCUGCGCCACCCCAACGUGAUCUUGUUCUUGGGCGCGUGCAUCAAGGCCCCGCAUCUGUCCAUGGUCACCGAGUACAUGCACAUGGGCAGCCUGUACCGCCUCAUCCACGCCAGCGGGCAGGGCCCUCGCUUGAGCCUGCGCCGGCGGCUCAAGAUGCUGCGCGACAUCUGCCGCGGCAUGAUGUGCAUCCAGCGCAUGAACAUCGUGCACCGCGACCUCAAGUCCGCCAACUGCCUCGUCGACAAGCACUGGGCCGUCAAGAUCUGCGACUUCGGCCUCUCGCGCCUCGCCGCUGACGCGGGCCAGCCAGGCGCUGCCGCGGUGGGCACGCCCGAGUGGAUGGCGCCCGAGCUGCUGCGCUCUGAGGCGGCCACGUACAAGUGCGACGUCUUCAGCUUUGGCGUGAUCGUGUGGGAGAUGAGCACGCUGCGGCGGCCCUGGGAAGGCCUGAAGCCGCACCAGGUGGUCGCUGCUGUUGCCACCCAGCGCGCGCGUCUGCCCCCACCGCCGGGCGUGCUCGGCAAGCUCGUCGCAGAUUGCUUUUCCGAGUCGCCAGCUUCACGGCCGAGCUGGGAAGAAUGUCUUGCUCGUCUACAUGAGUCGGAGUUCUUGCAAGACCUCGACGAAUAGCCCGAAAGCCGUCAAAUUUCGAAACUGCAAACCAGAGUUUGAGAAGCACGCGGAUGUGUGAUGUACAUACAAUGAGAGGAACUAGAGGGCAGCAUCAAGCUUGUGUUGGUAGCAUGCUGGCGGCCCCUGUAGAAUUUAAUAGUCUUAUUCAACCGCGAGAUCAGAGGGAAUGCGUGCCAAUCUAGAGCAAUCGUAGCGGUGGCGUCAGGCGCAACCCUUAAAGGUAGCUCCUCCGAUAGAACUUUGGAAGACGAGUUGCGACCAUUAGCCUCCCAAAUCGGAACAAGUCGAUGGCACUGAUCAAGGUGAGAAUUUCAAACGGUGAAAGACCAAAGCUGUAACUAGAUAUCUUCAGUGACAAGAUGGAGGAUCUGAAUCUGCUGCAACUAUCCUGUUACCAUUUGAAGGUGGGAAGGUGCAUCAACGGAAUUAGCCAUCUGUAGUAUCUGCAAAUGCACCAUGCAAUUGAAAGUCCGCUUCGGAAAAUGGUGAAUAUAGGAGAUAGUCGGAUACGGCGGGACAGGUCAUUUGAACGG